AUGGCAUCCUCUACCUCUCAGCAAAGCCAAAACCCCCCUUCCUUUCUUCAACCUAUACAACUUCAUAACCAACUCAUCUCCAUCAAACUAACAGAUGAGAACCAUUUGAUUUGGAGGCAGCAAGUCCUUACUACAGUGAGAGGCUUUGGUCUUGAAGGGUUUCUAGAUGGAACUUCAGAAGCCCCUACCAGAUUCAUUCCCGGAGAAGAAGAGGGAAUAUUGCAGGUCAACCCAGAGUUCACCACCUGGCAGAGACAAGACCAACUCCUAGCAUCAUGGCUAUUGUCCUCACUUUCAGAAUCCAUCCUCAUCUCAGUGGUGGGGAUGAGCAGUUCUUCUCAGAUCUGGAAAAGCUUGGAGUCUAGCUUCUCUACACAAUCAAAGGCCAGAACAAUGCAUUACAGAAUUCAGCUCCAAAACCUAAAGAAAGGAACUUUGUCCAUCAGAGAAUAUGUGAACAAAGUAAAGCUGUGCUGUGACACCUUGGCUGCAGGAGGACACAAGGUGACUGAACAAGAUCAGAUAAUGCAUAUCUUGAGUGGCCUAGGACCUGAAUAUGAUGCAGUGGUGGCUGCAAGCCUCAGCAGCAGCAAGUGA